AUGGUAGAUGCAGGAAAUACUUCUGCCCGAUCAAAUUGGAAUGUUGCUCAGAGCUCUGGCCGGCGGCGAAAAGAGCUGCCGAAGCCUACCAAGGCUAUGCAGGCACACACAGAUCUAGACUUGGACAAGGACAGCGGAACAACGCGCCUUGUUGACAAUGAAGAAGGAAACGGACGCGGUCCCGGUUUCUACUGUGAAGUGUGCAAAAGGAUGUGCAAGGACAGUGUGGGCUAUUUGGAUCAUAUUAAUGGGCGUAUGCAUUUGCGACGUCUGGGCCAGACGACGCAGGCUUCGCGUGCGACACUACAAGAUGUUCGCAAUCGAAUUGCUUUUAUUCGUUCCGAGCGCCAGCUCGGUGCCACGCCUGCGCAACGGUAUGAUUUUGAUGCGCGAUUACGGGAGAUUGCAGCGGAGCAGCGGCGUGAGCGGCAAGCACGCCGUCGUGAGCAUCGUGAGGAACGUCUGCGCAAGAAGCGUCGCAUGAACGCAAGCGCGAGUGCAAGUGAUACCCAUGCGAAUGACAAUGAUGAUAGUCCUGUGGCGCUAGAAGACGCUGAUGUCAUGGCGGCCAUGGGAUUCGGCAGUUUUGGGCCCAAGCGCUAG